AUGAUAAUUCCACAUCCCGAAAGUCAACCUGAUGAGAUUAUUGAAAAUAUUCUUAAUUUUCUUCCUCCAGAAAGUUUAUUGAAAGUUUCGUCUACUUGCAAACAAUUUAGAAGAAUUUGGAAAGAAACUCCUAACGGAAUUGUGUAUAAUAUGAUCAUUGAAUUGAACUAUUCCUUUAAGAAACUAUCCUAUUCUAUGAAAGAGCAACUAGAUGUUACAAAAUUUGCAAAAGAAACUAUUUGUAGAAUAUCAGAAAAUCUAGAAAACAAACACAAAGAAACACGACACUAUGAAUUUAUUUCUAAAUUUGGAGAAAUGGAUCUGUCAGAAAAUUUAAAAAGUGCCAUUUCAAAAAUUGACAGAGUUGAUUAUGGAGAAGAGUCAAAAUAUUAUGAUUGGAGAAAUGGAAUGACACAUGCAAUGGAAAUAUCCUUUGGUCAACUAGGAAUUGUGAGAUAUUGGGAAUGGGAAUACCAACAAGGUUGUCAUUGGGACUCGAACGAAUCAAGUGUCAUGAAUAACAAGUUGAAAGAUUUGAAUUUAACAAAUGAUGACUACUUUAUUCGAAUAUAUUACAAAAUAUUGCAAUGCUAA